AGACUUCAAUAAAGACCCUCCCAAAUGGUAGUGUGUUGAUGCUCACUUCUCUGCUUCCACAAUCUGAAGUGAGUUCAUUAGUUUUGCUUGCGUGUUGGGUGAAGAACAGAAAGAGAGGAGAUGGGAGCUGUGGUCAUCCCGAACAAUUUGCCGGUCGGAUACAGAUUCCAUCCAACUGACGAGGAAUGCGUCGAUUAUUACUUGAAGAACCGAGUCCGAGGAUUCGUAGACCGUCCCUGCAUAAUUCCCGAUGUCGACAUCUGUGGGUGGGAUCCUUGGCAAUUACCACAGAAGUUUCAUGGCGAAUCAAUCAUUCACCUGGAUGACAAAGUUCAAGAAUGGUGGUUCUUCUGUCUGCAAACGCCCCAACAGGUUAAAAGAUCGACUCCGUCCGGCUAUUGGAAGAAGACUGGUAAAGAUCGGAAUGUCAAGGCCAGAGAUACCAACAGAGUAAUUGGCACUAAGAAAACAAUAGUCUUCCACAUAGGUCGGGGCUCUGAGGGCGUCAGGACCAACUGGGUCAUCCAGGAAUAUCAUCUACUCAUCAAAGAUUUGAAUCGGAAUUGUGUUCUGUGUCGCUUAAAGCUUAAACGAGAUAAGAAGGCCGAUAAUUCAACCAUAGAAUUAGAAGAAGGAGCCAAUAACCCGGUGGAUUUGGAUUCGGAUCUUCAUCAACCUGACCAUGAGGGCUCAUUUCCUAUGAUUUGGAUCGAAGAAAUGUUAAAUUCAAGGACACUGUCCUCAUUUCAGCCGGAAAACCGAGUUCAAGUUGCCUUGCCUAACCUCCUGCAGCUGCCUCAGCCUGCGCUGCGAUCACAAAAUAAUAUCUCCCCCUUCAACAUACAUCAAUUUAUGAAUAUUGAGAGUCCGUCUUUUAUGGACGUCUCAUUGGACAACGAUCUUACUGAGGAAUCUAUUCAGUGGGAAUCUUUGUUCCGAACCAGUGAAGAUGAUGCAGAUGUUGGUGACGUUCAAAUUUCAGAUUAUUUUGAUGCCGACUUCUUUGAGGGAGACCAAAUGCAAACACAGCUACAGUGUGGCCAAUCAUCUAACUCGCAGAAGGAGCAUCCUGCUCUAAUGAAGAAUCGGCGAACACGAACAAUUGACUCAUUCCACGGUUUUGUUCCUCUUGAGGAAAAGAAAGGCAUGGUGGAGAAUAAGUUCAACGGCUCGCGUGUUGCCUCCGAGAAACCUAUGCCGUGCCCUGUACUUAUCGCGCCUUGCAGGUCUAUGGCGCCUCCCAUACACGCUGCAAGUGUAAAAUAUUAUAGCAAAGAUGAAGAGCAGAGGUUUGAAAAGGUUAAGCAGGAAACUGCAGCCAAAAAUAACAAACCAGAAUGCACGUCUUUGGAUGAAACAGCAGCCAGAGCAAAGUAUCCAAAAAUGCCCGAGUCUCCAAGAAUUUAUAGCAAUGAAGAAACGAGGUUCGAAAAGGUAAAGAAGCAGGAAAUUGCAUCUCGAAAUGUUAAACCCGAAUGUGUAUCUUUGGAUGAUUCUGCAGCAAAAGCAAAGGUACUAGAAUACAAAGUGCAUGGUUCAGGCAGUAAAUCACCUAAGAAGACAAACGGCAAGGAGAUUGAACAUGCCAGAGAGAAAUCAAAUUCAGUGACUGCAUUGACCAGACCAACCACCAACAGCACAAAAAGUUCCACAGAUUUUCCACUGCAUAAUCUUGUGAACGUGAUCGUCGGAAUUUUCCUGUUGUUCACCAUAACUUGCCAAGCAUUUAAUUUCUGAUUUUCACUGCUAUUUAGUCCUGUGUGUGAUGCAGCAUCAUUGACAAGUACAAUUGUAAAAGAAGGGUUUUUUAUGUCGUGUCACAAUUUACGUGUAUGUAGCUUGUCUUCCUUUUGAUGCUAAUGCUUUGUACUUCUAUUUGCUUUAACGGAAAUAGAAGAUCCAACUA